AUGACUGUGGACAAGGGUGAAUUGUUGAGUCCUUGUCGCUGUGAUGGCUCUGUGCGUUACUCCCAUCAACCAUGCCUUUUGAAGUGGAUUAGCGAAAGAGGGUCAUGGAGCUGUGAGAUUUGCUGUUACAGAUACCACGUAGUCGCAAUAAGAAUGAAAAGACCAUGUCAGUGGGAACCUAUCACAGUGACAUUGGUUGAGAAGGUACAAAUAAUCGCUGUGAUCCUUGGUUGCCUCUUUCUGAUAGCGAGUGUGACGUGGCUUUUCUGGUCAGCCUUCAGUCCUGCUGCAAUGUGGCAGAGAAGAGAUAUCUUAUUCCAGAUCUGCUAUGGAAUGUAUGGUUUUAUGGAUCUUGUGUGUAUAGGCCUAAUUGUUCAUGAAGGAGCAGCAAUCUAUCGAGUGUUUAAGCGCUGGAGGGCUGUUAAUCUGCACUGGAUGGUGCUGAAUUAUGACAAAGCGAAAGAUGUGGAAGGGCACAGCAGCAAUGCAGAAACCUCAGCCAAUCAGACCUUUUGGGCAUCUCUGAACCGAUUCAGAACAAGAAACACAGUUACUUCUCCUCGGUUAAUAUCUGAAGGAUUUCACUGCAGCUAUACUUUAUUGCAUUUAUUCACUCGCUUCAGACCACACGAUGAGGAGUAUGAGGACAACAGUUCUGCUGAAGUCGUAAUGAGGGUGACUUCAGUAUGAAAAUACAUUCCUCACAAUCUAAUAA